UAUUCAAGGUGUCUCGUAAUAUGUCUAGCCAGGUGUGCAACAUAACUUCAAUCCUGUAAUAUCUGAGAAAUUUUAGACUUUAGAAUAAUGCACUUUUAAAGAUGGAAAAUUGAUAUGGAUUAUGCCAUUCAGUUUCGAUUUUUACACCACAGAAUAGGAGAAGGAAGUUAUACCUACAUUGAAUUUUAAAGGUUAUAGGGAAACCUGCUAAACAGGUCUUGGAUAAUAUCCUGUUUGUUCCUUCUGCGACUUAAAAGUAUUUCAAUUUCCAGAGUUUAAACGGUUCGAAGAAGGAAUACUUCUGGAUUUCUGAUGGCAAAUCAACCACCACUGGUUAUUUUAUUCUUGAUAGGUGCAGUUUUUAUAUUGUUUGUCACUACUCCAUUGAUCAAAAAAAGUCUUGAUUUAUGGAACGAUCACGAAAACCAGUGUUCCAUCUAUAACAGACUACUGAAAUUAAAAGUGAAUCCACCAGAAGACUGUCCAUACAAUGAAGUAAAAGAUUUAGCAUUUGAACUAAUGCUGAUGGGAAUCAUUUUUCUCAGCCUUGUUACUUUCUUCCUUGGUUUCAUGUGGGUUUUCAUUACAUGCUUACCAAAACAUCGUCGAAAAGAGAUUGGCAUACUAAGUGGUUUCUUUGCUUGUGCUGUAGUAGUCCUGGCUGUGUUCAUGGCUAUGAACUAUAAGGACUUGCAUGCUUUCGUAUACAAAGAUAACAAGAUGAAUUGGACAUCUUUACAUUCAAAUAUGAAUUCAUCUCUAUUGAAGAAUUUUGUUAGUGAUAACAUCAUAAGUGCGAAUGAAACGUCAAACCGAUGGAAUAUCUUUUUCACAGAGAAUAAGUGCUGCGGUGUUAAUUCAGUUUACGGGACAACUAAUGAUUUUGACACGACUCCGUGGUGUACAACAGCUGGUUCCUGUCAGCAAACAAAUUCUCAGAUUCCAAAGUCCUGCUGUGUCGGUGUCACCAAGGAGAACUUCCAGUUAGCUGAUAUAAAAUGUCAUGCUCAAGUCAGCCCACAAACAUAUAAUGAUAAGGGGUGUUAUUUAGUAAUAAAAGAGAAGAUAACUGAAGAAAGAAUCAAGCAUAAUUCAAAUAUAAAACAGGUCCUUAAUGAGGAAAUGAACGUGUUAAUGGCGAUGGGAGUAUGUAUAAUAAUGCCGGUGUUUGGAAUUGUUGCCAUUUGUUGUGGUUUAAUUAAAAAUUGCUGCAAAUCGAAAACACAGGAAAAUGACGAAUAUAAAAAGGAAAGUAAUUGGACAGAGAAAGCAAAUACAGAGACGAACCAAACAAAGAUGUAACAAUCUGCUACACGUACAUGUGAACAAGUAGCUUGCUCUAUUAAUUCAAUAUUAAUGGUUAUUAUAAGAAAAUGGCAUAUAGUCAACAUCAAUGGUGAUUAAGAAAAAACUAUUUUAAACAUAAAUUGACAAAGAGCAUGACCUGAUAAUAGCCAGAUUGUGCUUCUUGUUAUCCCCCCCCCCCAAAAAAAAAGAAAACGAAAAAAAGUUGAACCUCUCAAAGUGUUAUUAAGAAUCUUAUACAAUGUUUUUCUCUUGAAAACCACUAUUACUUUACUUUUGAUGAAGAAUUCACAGCAUACAUAGAGGCGUAAAAAAGCUGUUUAAUUAGAACACAUUUCCGAAUUUCCUUAUAUCUAAAGAAAUUUAAUUAAAAAUCAAAUAUUUUUCACUCAAAAAUCACAGAGCGCAAACAAUCCAAAUUGAGAUAUUUUUUUCUAAACAAGAUGAAUGUGAUACUUUUGCAUGAAAUUUAAAGAUUUCGUAGAAUUGUCUGACAAUAAUAUGCCUAAAAAGUCACGAAUAUUUUAGUAAAAAUGAGAAAAAACUGGAAACUGACAACAUUUGUGAACUUCCUGUGAGCUAUGUGUAUGUAAUCACUUAACAUCAAUACUCCUUCAGAAACAAUAAAAUUAUAAUCGAUAGUCGGUUUCUUAUUUUGAACUACUAUAUAGUAUUUUUUUUUUUUUUUUUUUUUUUUUUUUUUUUUUUUUUACAUAUAUAUUUUAGACUUAUUCAUUGCUUUGUAAUUUAAGAGUUUAAUAUUUACUUUUUUAAAAUGCAGUAAAAUUUGUUAAAAGCGAACACGCCUAUAAUGAAUUGACGCUUUCAAAUAUUUUGUGAGCUUAACGGAUGCAAAAAAUUACGUUUAUAAUGAAGCAAAAUCGUCUAUUCCUGGUACUUCGUUAUUCGCUUUUUUCUGUACGUAUACUUUUUAUUAUUUUUCAAAAAUAAACCCCGUCAAAUUAUGCUUAAUUAUGGACUACAUGGAAAUUUAAUGUAUUUAGUGAGGUGCUGAAAAUAUUUGAUAUCAAAAAGCUUUUUGUUGAAAAAAUACUGACCUUCUAUUGAAAUAAAAAAAUGAAAAGGUUUUACAGUUAACAUUUCGCCUUAUCUUAAUAAGCUUCAUAAUGAAUAUUUUACAUUCCUCAUUCUCAGUCAUUUUUAGAUCAUUGAUGGAACUUAGAAAUAAAUUUUAUAUUUUGAACUUGUGAAUAUGUAUAAUGCACAAUGAAACAAAAAUAUUUUCUCUUUCCUUAAAAGAUUAUACUUUCAUAUGAUUAACCUAGACAUGUUCUUGAAUUUACACAUUACUCAUCGAAUAAUUCAGAAUCAUAUAUCAUCACUCACGUGAAAUUUUAUAAAAAACUACAAUACAAUAUUUCAUCUUUGUAUCUAUUAUUAGGUAUAAUGUACAAAUCUUACACUAUAUAAAAUAAAAUGUAGACGUUUGUAUAUAGAUAUUAAUAAAUGACAACCUGUUUGAUCUGAAAAAUAAUCUUCAUACAAGAUGUGAUUGUUAGGUCCAGCUGUAAUAUUAACAAUAGUUCUUUGACAUACUAUUUAUGUCAUUUUAUAAGAUUUUAGUGGACAGUUGAUGAAACUGAAUUUGCAAUUUCAUGUUGUUAGUGAAACCAAUUACGUACAUUUAUCAUGUAUUUCUGCAAUUGUUGUUUGCAAAGUGUGAAUAAAGUUAGCUGGAAGAUCGUCAUAAGAAAUAUUAAUCAUUGAUGGCGAUUCAUUGUUGCAUUUAUUAAGAUUUAAACAAUUGUCUUGUGAAUUUGCACUAUCAAUCCUAAUCCUACACAAAAUUCGCGGAGUAUGAACACAAAGUAUUAAAAAUAUUGCUGUUUAAGGAGGUUGAAUCCUGCCAUCAAAAGUAAUGAGAAUUUUUUUUUCUUUAUUCUUCAAUCACACAAAUUAUAAAUACAAACAGUCACAGUUAUAUAAAGAAAAAAAUGUGUGAAAGAAUUUUAU